AUGGAUUUUCGUUCUGAUUCAGGUUGUGUCGACCUUACUGCAGAUGGCGUACAGACAUUGCCACAGGAUGACUUUGAAGGGUUUUCUGCAUGGCUUUCUGAAUCCAUGGAUGAACUUGCAUCAGUGCCUGCUGGAAACGUGUCUUGCCCUCAGAGUGAUGUAGAAGUACAUUCACCUUUGUUUCAUGUUGACAACGUUUCUUGCACUUGGCCCCUUGAUGAUGGCGGCAACUUGGAGAGAACAGAGAUCAUUUCAGAAUGUCCUAGCCCCAGCCUGGCUUUUGAGCCUAGUGCCACCGUGCCCACAGAUGUGCCUGGACCUCAGCCUACAGUGAGUUCAUCGCAAUGGCAAUUGGGUGUUGCAGCAAACUAUGGACAAUUUGCACAGCAUUCUAGUUCUUUGCUGCUACCUUGGGAGACUGGAGUCUUUGCUGAGAUUUUUGGAAGUUCGAAACUUUUGGAACUCCCGACAAAUCAGUUGCCAGAGCCGGACACCGAGCUGAUGGAACAGGUGAUAGCUGCGGUGGACACAGCACAAAGCAGUGACCUCAAACCACUGGACUCAUGUUAUGACAAAGCUGUGAGAAAUGUGCUGGAUUUGGAUUAUUUUGAGAGUAAAUGCAGGCAGCUUGAGCUUGCUUGCGGUCAAUGGCUUGAGUUGCUCUCUUGUGAUUGGUACUCAACCGGUGUUGGCGAAAUUCUUGCAAGGGAUAUGCAACAGGAUCCCACUGGUUCAUCAGCCUUCGAGACGCUCAAGGCAUGUUUCGGAAUCAAGAGUCCUCAGACUCUUAUCAAGCGUGCCUCAAGCUUGAAGCGAUACUAUAAGUGGCAUUCAGAAUUGCGUGCAGAUGCAGGUUCUGUUCAUUUGAGCCCGCUGCCACUGGUUGAGUCGGAUGUUUGGUCAUUUUUCCAAUGGCUUAGAGAUGCAAGGUUGUUGGGCUUUGCAGCAAUUGAGCGCAUGAAGAAAGGACCAACGCGUCAAGCGUUGCCACUGGAGCUCAUUCACUUACAGAGACUUCAUGAUGUUUUGGAAAAUGGCACAUGUGCAACUGACAGACUGGGAGCCGGUGUGAUGCUAGUGUGCAUCUAUGGAAGGGCGCGUUGGUCAGAUCUUCGUUUUAUUCAUCAUGUGGUUGUGGAAGAAGGCAGGAAUGGAUUCCUGACACUUUUCACCUCUGAACACAAGACAUCAGCUGUGGGUGUACGGAGGGAGCAGUAUUUGCCUCUGGUUGUGCCUUGGAUGGGAGUGACGCAUGAUGAAUGGGUGCAGACUUUUCUACAGGUGUACAAGCAGUGUGGGCUUGACAUUUCAAAGGUGCCAUUGGGGCCGUUGCUUCCUGCCCCACGGCUUGGAGGCACCUUCGGAGCCAGGCCGUUGAGUACGCCUGAAGCUGCCGAUUGGCUUCGGCUUCUUCUGAGCGGCACACCUGACUGUGAGAAGUUUCGUGCUCACUCCUUGAAAACCACGCUACUGGUUUGGGCGGCAAAGGCUGGACUGGACAAAGAAGUCCGUGCGGUGCUUGGGCAUCAUGCCUCGGCGCUGCAGGGUUCAGAAGUUGUUUACAGCAGACACCUUCAGACCAGGGCACUUCGUAAGCUCAACAUGCUGCUGCACAGAGUCCGUAUAGGGCUUGGAUUGGAAGAGGACCCAAUGGCUCCAAACCCUUUUGCAACUCCCUGCGCAAGGACUCCAAGGCCUGGACUUGUUGGUGCACAGCCAGUCACGCCACUGCCACCAGUUCCAGUGGUUGAGCAGGCAACAGAUGUUGUUGCCCGUGCAGCGGAAGAGGUUAAUGCAGCUGGAGAUGCAGAGAGCGUGAAAGAGGAGCUGCUGGAUGAGACACAAAUCUGUGCGGCUGCAUCCAGAAUUUCGCUGUUUGAUUUGCAAGUUGUGGAUACUGGUGUAAUUGAGUUGAACAGUUCCUCGGGAAGUGAGAGCAGCAGCGACAGCUCCUCCUCAUCAAGCAGUGAUGAAGUAAUUGUGAAGCGGCCUGACGUGCAUGCUUUUGUGGAAAUCAUUCCCGAGUUUAGGAGCAUGACUUCCUUGCUGGACAGCUCUGCACACUUUGAAGAGCGAUGUCAGAAACUGGGUUUGGGGCCACCGUUUGUGGCAGCCUUAGCUACAGCACAAGUAGACAAUUUGUCGAAGUUGGCGUUUGUGAUUGGCCAACCUGGUCAACCCAUACAGAAUCAAGAGGUCACUGAUUUUCUGAAUCGUGCUUUGGGAAGAGCGCCAACGCUGGCAGAAACCUCGGCGCUUAAAAGGCUUGGGUUUGAAGCUCAUACAUACCUGGUUGCGACCCUGAGACAACAGAUUGACCAGGGUGAUGAAACUCAGCCACGUAAAGUGGCAUUCGCUGAGAGAACUCAAAGAAUGGAAAGGUUGCGCCAGGACCUCAGAGGCAUUGAGAUAGCAGGUGAGCUGGAACCUUCACAUGGUUUGCUUGACAAAUGUUGUGCGAUGUUUGACAGUAACAGUGUCAAAUGGCUGGAACCCUCAGUUUGUGUGUCUAGAAGCAUGGAAGUUCAGGGCACACCAAAGUCCAGAGAACUUACGUUGGAAAAAGGCUCCCUGAUCUUGAAGAAUGAUGACAAGAUGACAUGUGCAACGGACUCAGAGAUAAAGUUGCACUACGCCCUCAGCAGGCGAGCAGUGGCCUUAGCGUUUGCAAGAGUGAUGACGUUUCAGCAGCACAGCGCUUGGGUGAACUUUUUGUUUGAGUCCUUGCAUCGCGAAGUGCCACCAGGUUACAGCAAGGCAAGCUUGUCACAGGUGGUGAGUUGUGACAAAGCAGCAUGGGCUAGGCCUGAGUUGUCAUUGGCACCUCAGCCGCUACGGUCGCUGGAGCACCCGUUGGGCUUACCCAACCUGAUGCGGACAGAGACGCAAGAAUCUGUUUUGGUCCCAAAGUAUGCACGCUUUUUGCGUGGUUCUUUUGCGUCAGACUCGACAAUGGGGGUGGAUCAGGACCUUCAACUGGCGUUGGAAAAACAUUUGACUUGGAACGAACAAACUCUGGUGGAGUACAGGAUGCACUGGUGUCGCAAAUGGCUCAGACGUGCCAAAGAACUUGAAGCUUUAGAGCAACGAGCACAAUGCAGAAGAUUCGGUGCAGAUGACAAAGAAACAAUCAUCUACGAAUUGGAGUUGGCUGCCGCAGUUUUAGCACUUGACUUUUGGGCAGAUCGGAUGGUGAACGGACUACAGGUCUGUUAUGGUGACUACAGGUGGGUGCCGCCUUUCAAAUUUGAUGUGAAGCGCCCACCCUACUGUUUGAACAGUGCUCUGGUCCCAACCCAGCGCUUCUUAAGCUUCCUAGGCGCAUGCCAGGCCAAAGAUCGUUCUGGACUCCAGGCCGCUGCAACGUUCAGUGCAGCAUUGCAAAGUCAGCGUGAAAGUUGGUGGUGUCGGCCAUGGUCUGGAAUAGAUCCACCACCGCCACAGGGCGCACGACUGUCGAUUUUCGGCCUCACGGCCAUUGCAGCAACAAAUACUAAGUCAUCCAAAAGUUCAGCAUUGAGAACUAUAUUCAGGAAAGGCGAUUUUCCGAGAAGACCUAAAUCCAAGAACCAAAAUCAGGAAAUGCGUUCCGUAGCGGCUUCCAAGAACCAGAAUCAUGCAUUUUUGAUGCUGAAACCUCAUGCGAAUAAUGAAAAAACUCAAGAGUACGUCCAGCAGUAUUUGAAAGAGCGACGCAUCAAGAUUUUGGAGACUGGGACUAUCACUGCGAAAGAAAUCGAGAGCAAGUCCUUGAUCGACAAACAUUAUGGUUCUCUUGCAGAGAAAGCAUUCAUGAUUCCUCGCGACUUGGUUGUUCCGCAAGAUGGUCAGCAGUCUUUCAAGGAAUGCUUUGGUAUCUCCUGGGAACUUGCCCUGGAGAAGGACUUGAUUUGCAAUGCCGAGGAGGCACAGAGGAGGUUGGGUUGGACUCCAACGGAGCUCGGAACGCAUUGGGACACGCUGAAAAUGGGUGUUGGUAAGGUGAAGUUUGGGGGUGGCUUCUACUGCGGUUCUCUCCGGGGCAUUUUCGUGAUCAAUGGCUUUUACAUGGCCAUGAGGGACAAGUACCUCCUGCCUGGCAGUUCGGUCUACUGGUUGUGCAUCCAGUGGGAACCUUCUGUCCUCUCUUGGAAGACGUUUCGUGAAGAAAUUGUGGGCGAAACAGAUCCAGCAACAGCGGCUGAGAAGCAUCCGCGCUCGAUCCGUGGCCACUUUUUCAACAAGUGGCAAGAGCUUGGGCUGAGCUGGAAGCCACAUGUGGGCGACAACGUCAUCCAUGGCUCUGCAAGUCCGCUGGAGGCCCUAACUGAAAAGAUGACCUGGCUUGGCCACAGCUUUGCUGAUGACCCCUUUGAUGACCCCUUCGGGAAGCUGCUCAAAGACAAAGGCAUAUCCCAAAGUCAUGUCGAGAAAUGGCAGCAAAAUCCAACUGUAGAGAUGGACGGAAGGAAACGUCCUCUCUUCGACCACUUGGAAAACAAGGACACGUCAGACUGCCUCUACAAACUGCUGGCAUGGCAAGAUGUACAAGACGUGCAAGGGCUACCUUUGAAAAAGCCAGUGCACAAAGAGGUUGACACCUUCUUCAACAAUUCCGAUCUUCUUCGAUUCUUGAUGAUGAGAACCCCUUCUAGAAAAUGCUUGUCUUGA